AACGGUGGUCCUAUGACCGGAAGUAUAAAAAAAACACGGAAGCGCUUUGUUUUUAUUUUACAGCCAGCUGUGAGCUGCACCUUUAGGCUGCAGAAGUCGUUUUUUAAAUCUGCUAUUCAAACAGCCAGGGGUCAACGCAGACAUCCACCGUGAGAGCUGAGGUAGCGAAUUUAAAUUGUGUUGCUUCGCUCGUCACUUUAGCUCACCAGCUAACGUUAACGCUUUUUCGUCUUAAUUUUCACCAUGGUGGAGCCCACAGCAUCUGGCGUGUUCUGUAACAGGAUGCUGAGCAUGGUCAACUCUGAGGAUGUGAACGCCAUCAUCCAGGCUCAGAGACACAUGCUUGAUCGCUUUGAGAAAACCAAUGAAAUGUUGAUCAACUUUAACGGGCUGUCUAACGUGCGACUGCAUCAGAUGAACGAACGCUUCCUACUCCACACUCGCACCCUCGUGGAGAUGAAGAAAGAUCUAGACAGCGUCUUCAGGAGGAUCAGGACACUAAAAGGGAAGAUUGCUAAGCAGUACCCAGAAGCUUUCAGCAAUAUCCAUGAGUCACCCAUCCUGGAGGACGACGAUGAUGAGUUUGACCCAGUUCCCCCCGGUGCUCCCACAACAAUUACAACAGCCACCUCGGAGCAGAGCACAGAGUCCUGUGACACAAGUCCAGAUGUGAUCUCACCCACUGUGAGCAGAUGCUCUGAAGAUCUGUCUCAAGAGCUGCCUGACACGCCCACCUCCGAUGUCCUAGAGACAGCUGUCCUACAGGACGAGGGUCCGGACUCUGUACCUGCAGAAUAGAGUUUUAUAUAUAUAGAGAGAUUGAUUAAUUAAUUAAUUAAUUAAUUAAGUCAUUUUUUAGUUGGGAAGAGUGUCACAACCUAAAUAGAUGUUAAAUGUGGCUAUGAACUGUCUAUGAGGACGCUGAAUUUUUGUUGGCACGCUUUGUUGUCCUAUGCCUCCACA